AUGGCAGUUGGACUGCAAGUAUUGUUUGAACCGCUUACUACUUCCACAAACUAUACUGUUCAUGGUAACGGACGUCAGACUUUACUUCCUGGUCUAAAAGGCGGUGCUCAGAUAUAUCCUGUCGACGGAGAUACACCAUCACUAUCCACAUUUAUUACUCCAGAGACCGUCAGCACCGUCAAGUCAUAUGCAAAGGCACAAGCAGAUAAAGUGGCUCGGUCAGCCCCAUUAACGACAUUGCAGAUCAUAUGUGGUAUUGGACUGCAUGCAGUAACUCUAUUUGGUAUAUUACCCUCUGCCAACCUUUUGUUUCAUCCUCGUCUGAUAAUGCCUCCACAUGGACAAGUCUACAGAAUACCUUCUUCCUUUCUUGUUCUUGGAUUGACCACAUAUGAUGUUUUGCAAAGGGCUAUUGGUCUUGCAUUCUGGCAAGCACCAUUUGAGCAAAGCAUGCCGACCUAUCAAGGCUCAAGCCGGCCCUGGAUCCCUUCAUCCAGCUCGGCAUCUACAAAUGAAACACCCUCAGCUAAACCUUAUCCUGCAGGGACUUCCAAAUCCUCACCAGCUAGCCGUCCAGUCAUGCCAGAACACUCGGCGGGAAGCAUGGUCAAAAAAUCCCCAGCCUGGGCAUCACUUUUAGCAUACAUUCAGCAUAUCAAUCCCAAAUUCUUACAAACCCAGCUUAUAUCUGCUGGUAUUAUUGUGACGAUCGAGUUAUUGCUUGCUCAAAACUCUCAUUCCAGACAGGUCGGAAACUAUCUGCAUCUCUUUCCAUACACACUGUAUCCGACACUAGAACACUCCAUGCGGUGGCUAUGGGCCAUGACUGCACACGAUCGCGAGUCUAUCCCAAUUAUGGGAGUCGUGCGACUUGAGCCAGUUAUGAUCCCAUUAGUAAUGUGUGCCAUGGGUGGUUUCUCGUCCAUCACUGCCACUGUCAAGGGCCUGUUGGCAGCCAUUGUUGCAGCCAAGAUUCUGGAUAUUCGGCGUUGGAAUGGAGAGCCUGCUGUAGAUUGGUUCCAUGCUGUAGCCCUGUCUUGGUGCGAAUGGAUCUCGGCUCAAAUUGAGACUUUGCGCAAAUAA